UGCCACUCGAAUUGUGAAGCAGCCAUAUAAACCCUACCAUUAAUACCAUCUUCACCGAGGCGCCCCGGCACGCAAACGUCAAUCAUGGCGAUCAGACUCCCCUCUACCACCCCCACCGUGCGAGUGUGCAUCCGCAGCAUUCGCCAGUUCUCCUCGUCCGCACCCCACUCGUCCAAAAACCGCAUCUACACGCCGAUCCGCCACCCCGCUGCCCUGCACGAGACUAUCUUGCUGUCAACGUCGUCCCGGACGCCCCUCAUCACAUACUGGUCCGCAGGGUACUGCCCGCCCUGCAAGGUCAUCUCGCCAAUCCUCCACCAGAUCAUAUCCUCUGACUCGCCGCCCUGCCCGGCCGAUCCUGGCAACAAGGUUGGCUUCGUCGAGGUUGAGUUCGACGCACCAGAGAAUAUGGGGAGCAGCCUUGGUAUGGAUUUUAUAAUCUCCUCUCUGCCGACGCUGGUCGUCUUUGAUAGAGGGGAGGUGGUGGACAGGGAGACGGACGUGAAGAAUAUGAGUAAUGAGCAGUGGCUGAGAGAGUGGAUUGAGCGGCAAGCUCGGCGGCACGGAGAGGGGACCGGGGGAGGCGGCACAGGGACGGGGUUAUUCGGGGGAUUGUUUGGGAAGUUAUGACUAGCCGACUGGUUGAAGAGCUGGUGGAAGGGUAGAUAGGUGGGAUAUAGUAAGAUAAAUUGUAGAAGUAUUGCUAUGUUAUAAAGCUCCUCGGCUGUAUGCACAAGCAACGAACCUGUCCCGCUCAUACAUAAGAGCUCGGGCCCUCCCAACCAUGACAG